AGUUGCAGUAAAUGAUGAAAAUGACGAUGAUACUUUAAUUACUUAAGGUCAUUUUUCAUGCAAGCUGUGUAGUAUGUCCAACAACUUUAGGCUACCAUUGAACCACAACAUCUACAACAAAAACAGAUCAGUUGGCAGCUCAAACAAAGAAAACAACAUACCCCAAAUGAACGGGAACACUUAUGCAACUCCCUCGGAAGAUGAUUUCAGUGAUGACGAUGAUGAGCUGCUUAUUGCUGCCUCCCAGCAAGUUGAGAAGAAACUGGCUCAAGAGAAGGUGGGAGCAACAGCGAGGAAUGUUAAUGCUCUGCAGCUGCAGGGUGAAAUAGCAAUACUCAGAGAUCAUAAUCUGAAACUAGCCAGAGAGAAGGAACUUGAGGAGGUUGUAAAGAAGGCAAGGAGCAAGAGUGCCCCGGUUAACAACGGAUCCCCGUACACAGAGUACAAGAGAUGUCCUGGUAUUUGCCUAAGAAUCACUGGACCUGCUAAGACUGAUAAGUUAGAAGAAAAUCCUGGACAAUUGUAG